AUGACUACCGCUCAUCGUCCCACUUUUGAUCCCGCCAGAGGAGGUACCGGCCGAAAUGAGGGAGAUUUGUCCAAACUCUCGACCCAAUAUUCCUCCAAGGAUAUGCCUUCGCAUAAGAAGUUGAAGUACAGAGAACCACAAAUUAUCGAUGAACACCGCUCAAAGGUCAGUUUUGCACGUUUGUUUUUUUUUGAAUUUAGGGGCGAUAAAUGGCGUCAUUCCUUUCUUCGUGAAUCAUCUAUUAUCUUAACUUAUGAAAAUAAAAUAAAUUUCAGGAUCUUCGCCGAGUCUUGGAGGAGAAAGAGAGCAAAGGUAAAGGCGGAUCUUCAUCAAGCUCAGUUCCACAGAAGAAAUUACGACUAGAAGCAUCAUCAGACAGCAAUGUUGAUAAAGACGAUCCUCUAGACGAUGACGACGACAGUGACGAAGAUUCUGAUGAUGAUGAGGCUUUAAUGGCAGAAUUGGAAGCGAUUAAGAAAGAGCGAGCUGCAGAGAAGGUGGCAAAGGAAGCAAGGGACGCUGCAGAGCAGGUAAAUAAUGUUUGUCAUGCACAACAACAAUCGAUGAUCUCUAUGCUAUUUAUAACGGUUGAUCACGUGAUUUCAAAAUCCUUAGUGCUUAUUUUUGGUAUUGAAGAAUAUUUUAAAUUCUUCUCGCUUCAAAAGUUUUUAAUUUGACCUUAUCAAACCCCGUCCAAUUAAUCUUUUUGGUAGAGCUUUGCGUUUCCUUAUUUAAAAUACAUACCUCAAGCUCCAAUUAGUUUUUUUCUUAUCGUAAUUGUCUUAUGAUGAAUUGCAGACUCCUUGAAAUUUUGUAAAAAAGCACGGAAAAUGUUCUUUAAUUUGGACCGAGAUUCAGGUUUGUGAUAAAGAAAUCAGAACAAAAAAUAAUGAGCACUACUUGUAAAAUUACGACUUUAGACAAGAAAACAAUGUCGUUAUGUUUGGUACUGAUAACAGCUUUUGAAAAUAACCAAUAUAAUAAAAAGAUAGUAAAUUAAAGUAAUGUUUGGUAUAAUGCGCAUAAUAUUUGAUCAUACAAAUUGUCGGAAACAUGCAGUUAGAUUUACAAGUGAACUGUGUCAUUUUUUCCUAAUUUGAUUAGAUUUUAUAAUUAGAGGUGUGGCCACUCUCUCUAUUGUAAUAUACCCUCUUUUCUCGCUUAACUCCAGUGUUAUCAGGAAGCAAGGAAUUCAAUUCCCUUGUUCUUAUCACCUUCAUAAAUUAUAAUUGGUUUCAUUUUUAGGAGAGGGUUCGUCGGGAGAAUCUCCUCAAGGGAAAUCCCCUCCUCCAAGCAGAUUCGGCCGCCGAUUUCAAGGUGAAACGGCGCUGGGACGACGAUGUGGUCUUCAAAAAUUGCGCCAAAGGUACGGACUCGAAAAAGGCCCCCACUUUCAUUAACGAUUCCAUCCGCUCCGAAUUUCAUCGAAAGUUCAUGGAGAAGUAUAUAAAAUGAUAUUGUUUCUGUUUAAAGUCGGUUAAAACAUGAUUCUCCACUUUUUGACUUGUAUAAAUCACUUUACGUUACCCCAAAGGCCCGAUUCUCCAAAGGUUGAUGUCCUUUGAGCUGUUUACAUCCUGAUCUUUCACUUGUCGAGUACGCGUUCUCUUGUUUUCAAACUUUCAGAUGGGUGCACAACUUCAACGGGUACUAGUGUUUACACUUACAUUUAUUGCCUACGCCUUUUAUCAUGCGUCCAGGAAGAAUUUGAGCGGAGUUAAAAAGUCCGUUCAAAACGAGUGGCUAGCCAAUGAUACACAUGAGGUAAAGAAAGGGGAAAUUGUUGGAUAUUCCAUAAUUUUGUGGAUGUUAAAUUUGAUUCGGAGGUGCUGUAAUGGUCGUAUUUAGCCUUUCUUUGAUGACGAAACACGAGCAAAGACAUUCCUGGGCACCCUAGACGCUCUUUUUAUGUUAUGUUAUUCUGGAGGUCUAGUAUUAUGGGGUGGAAUUGGAGACCGAUGGAACCCUUUGUACAUAACAGUGCUUGGUAUGGUAGGGUCUGGAGUCUUCCUCACCUUAUUUGGUGCCCUUCCCGCCUACACUCAUUGGUUUUCGGUCAUCUAUUACAUCAUCAUUUAUGCCCUCUUUGGUCUAGUACAAGGUGCUGGGUGGCCGAAUGCAGUCACAAUAAUGGUAAAUCAGACAGGAUUUUGGUUGGUAAUGCUGGGAUAUGUUUAGGCCAACUGGUUCAAGACGAAUCGAGGAUUCGUGAUGGGUCUUUGGGCCGCUUGUCAACCGGUCGGCAACAUAAUGGGCGCUCUGAUCGUUUCGUUGGUCCUUCCGUGGGGCUAUGAAAUGACAUUCGUUGUGAAUUCUAUUCUGAUUGUCGCUUUUGGUAUUGUUCUUCUGUUCACGGUAAAACCGAAGCCUCCAGUGGAAUUAGAAGAGUCCAGUGCUCAGCUCGACGUCCCUGCCGAAGAAGUUUCCCAUGAACCUAUAUCGAUGUGGCACGCUUUGGGACUGCCAAACGUAUUGCCUGUGAGUUUUUGAUAAAAAAUUAUGUCGUGAAAUUGAACAUUGAUAUCAAAAAUUUAAUGUUUGAAUAUUUUGAUGACUAAAACAAUCCAAGUUUAGUACUGUCUGUGCAAUGCUUGCCUGAAGUUUGUGAAUUAUGCCUUUUUCUUCUGGCUUCCCCUAUAUUUAAGUUCAGCCUUUCAUUGGGAUGAGAGUGUGGCCAAUCAAUUAGCGGCGUGGUAUGAUUUUGGUGGAAUUGUUGGAUCAGUCCUCGGAGGAAUAAUAUCUGUAAGUUAAGGAUUAAAGGUUUUUGAAUUGUUGUUUAGGAUCGACUAGGACAUCGGUCGCCAGUCAUUACGACCAUGUUGAUAGCCUCGAUCGGCUUGCUGUUCGGGUAUUCGGAUGCCGGACCAAACAAACUCGUGAACAUUUUAUUGAUGACAUUGCUUGGAGUUACGAUUUCAGGCCCUUAUAACUUGAUCGUCGGAACAAUAGCUGUCGAUCUAGGGUCUCAACCGGCGCUGGCAGGAAAUCCGAAGGUAACAUUUUUAAAUUAAAAAGAAUCAAUAAGUUUUGAAUAUGUAAAACUGUAUUCAUCAUGGUUAAUAUAAAUUUUUUAGGCAAUGUCAACAGUAACUGGCCUAGUCGAUGCGUGUGGUUCUCUAGGCUCAGCAGUGGGUCAACUGUUUGUUCCACUAGUCCAAGAUGGUCUUGGUUGGGCUUAUGUGUUCUACUUGUUCAUCUUGAUGGUAUGCGGAUCUUUGUGCAGUCUUUUGUGUACAGUCCCGUAUAUUAGGACCAAAUUGUAUCCAAAGCACUUUGGAGACAAGGCUGCUCCGGAUAGUUAUGAACUUAAUUGAGAAUUGGCUAGCCGUAUAUACUAGCCAUAUAUGUCCAUUUCCAAAUUAUGCCCUUUUUUCUAAAAUGCUUUCGCGAUUUCCACCGAAUUUUUGUUUUUAAAAGAGCUUUAAUUUAAUUUUAACACAAUCCGUUCCAUUCUGAAUUUUGGUAACAUACCUUUUACUGGUUUUAUUUUGAUUUUUCCAUACGGCUGGGCCUACCUCCUCCGGCCCUGAGAGCUAUGCAUAGUCUUGCCCAUUCUUUGCUGGGGAAGAAAAAUUCUAGGGGCUUCGGUAGUUGAGCCCCCCACGAAAGGUAGUUCAAACCCCCACUGUUUUGCCCGUUUCACACCCCACAUAAUGAACAAAUUAGAAUAAUACAAAAAAUGUAAGUGGGGGUUUGAUCUACUACGUUGGGGGUUUGAUCUAAAACGUAGGGGGCUUCAUCUAAAACGUAGGGGGCUUGUGCUGGACCAUAAAACUUGGUUUAAUUCUUUGAAAUAAAUUUUGGGGUUGAGAAUGGACGAGGGGGGUUGUACUGGGUCAUGGGGGGCUAAACUGGACUGGGGGGCUGUACUACCUUAGCCCCAAAUUCUAUCUUUUUUUUAUUCAGUAGUAUGGUGAGUACUGAAAUUCACAAAAUGCACGGACGGCUCGUUGAGUGUUAAUGCCAGGAAAUUGUGCCAAAAUUAAUUUCUAAGUCAUAUCCUAGAAUUUUGAGCUUUAAAAGUUGGAUAUUUAUAGCUUUAAGAAGAACUCUUGCCUAAAAUAACAACUAAAGCAAUAUGCUAAUGCCUUCUAUCCAUAAUUUGCCGAUUUCAGAACGCUCUCUCAGUUCUCUGCCUGAUCCGUCGCUGUGUUCUGGACGUGUACGAACUGUUCCAGACCCGUCAUCGGCAUCGGAGUGUCCUUGUGGAUGAAGGCGAGGAGCAACCUCUUCUUUCUUAAUCUUUUCUGUUUCAGUUUCAGCUCCCCGCACCGCUUGA